GCUGCCCCGCCCGCCGCGGCUCCCGCCGCUGAAUUUGCUUCGGUCCCUUAAUUGUUUCGCUCUCACCGAGAACUUUGUUUACAGUCCCUUGUACGCCGAGCUGCAUCCCCUCUUAAACUGGCUGUGGGCUGGUGGCCGCCGCAGUCCCGCCCGGAGGCUGGGAGAGGUGCUCGGGGACAGGCGUGACACGGAGGAUUUUAGUCCAGGAAACUUCCAUGCUAGAAUAUUUUCACCUCCAGUUCAUCAUUCAGCAAUAUCUGAUGCUUCAAAGACUCGAGCAGCUCUUUCUACCUUGAAUUGUCACACAAGACGUCUUCAGCACUCUUUGACCAUGGAUUUCUCCUGGAUCUGUGCAGCACGAGCUCAGCAGAGCCUGCUCUAGGCUAAGAACAGGCCAAGUCAAGACAAUCAAGAUGACAAACGAACCUAUCAAAGAGAUCCUGGGCACCCCAAAGCACCCUGAUUCUGUCUCCACAGAGAAGAGUAACAACAAUGACUGUGUGAUAACCACCAUUCCUCUGGUCAGUGAGUGCCAGCUGACGGCAGCCACGGGGGGAGCAGAGCUCUCCUGCUACCGCUGCACCAUUCCCUUUGGCGUGGUCAUCCUGAUCGCCGGCAUCGUGGUCACUGCCGUGGCGUACAUCUUCAACUCCCAUGGAUCCAUCAUCUCCGUCUUUGGGCUGGUCCUCUUGUCCUCAGGACUCGUUCUGCUGGCUUCCAGCGCUGUGUGCUGGAAGAUCAGGCAGCACAAGAAGAAAGCAAAGAGGCGGGAGAGCCAGACAGCGCUCGUGGCAAACCAGCGAACCUUGUUUGGCUAAAGGCCACCAGGAGAGGGCUGGACAGAAGGCAGAACCUUUGUAAGUCAACUUGGCUAUUUAUCAGUAGGAGAGAUUGCAGGUUUUUAUUUAACUGUGGAAACAAACUGAAAUGAAAAUGGAAUGGAUUAAGAAAUACUUGUAACAACUCUGCAAGUGCUCUCAAUAUAUUUCUUCCUGCAGAUUUGGUAGUGAUUCUUUCCAAGACAGAGGAAAACCCAUUUUUCCUUCACAGAAAACUGUCACAUAACUGAAACCAUCCUGACUGCAUUCUCCAACAUGCUGAUUGUGUUCGAAAGGGAACAUGUGGGAACUGAGAAAAUAAUUUGAAUUGACUUGAAAUGCCAGAGGUCUCCUUAAAACACUGACAUUUGUCCAAGGGAGAAGUCAUAGCAUUUGAAGUGACUACAAGCUUAUGGCCAGAUUAUCUGGGACUGAAACUGUAGCAAAAAAAAAAAAAAAAAAAAAAAGCAAUAAGAACACAUUGCAAUUUUCUCAAUAAGCUGAUUCUUAUAUUUUAUGUAAUUUCCCCCUGCCAAUACCUGUGGUACUUUCCCCCUUUUUUAAACCAACUAAUAUUGAUUUUGUUUCAUUAUUGAAUAGAAAUCAGUAGAAAUGUGUAAUUAUGUUGUUUAACCUAAAUAACAAGGUAUGAUUAUAGCUUAAAACAUGAGACUUUUUUUUUGUAAAUUAAAGUGGUCAGGUUUAGCACUUUUGAUUAUUUUGCUAUAAAAUUAAAAAAUAAAUGUCAUUAAAAUAA